UUUGUUUAUUUGUCCAACACAACAAAUAGGCGUCUGAAAAAUAUCGAAAUUGGCGCCGCUUUUUUCUGCUCUCUCUCUUUCUCUCUCUACAGCCCUCUUUCUUUCUUCUGAAAAUUUGUCAACCCAGAUUUGAAAUCCCAAAUUCCAAAAAAGGAAAGAGGGUUCAUAUUUAUUUUAAUCAAUUGAUUUCCUUUUUUUCGCCAUGUCUAUUCGUAGAAGAACCUUGCUUAAAGUUAUCGUCCUUGGCGAUAGUGGGGUUGGUAAAACUUCAUUAAUGAAUCAAUAUGUGCACAAGAAGUUCAGUCAGCAAUAUAAAGCUACAAUUGGAGCUGAUUUCGUGACGAAAGAGCUUCAAAUUGACGACAGGCUUGUUACUCUCCAGAUAUGGGAUACGGCUGGCCAAGAGAGAUUUCAGAGUCUUGGAGUUGCAUUCUAUAGAGGGGCAGAUUGCUGUGUUUUGGUCUAUGAUGUUAAUGUAAUGCGAUCCUUCGAUAACCUUGACAAUUGGCAUGAAGAAUUUCUCAAACAGGCUAAUCCACCGGACCCUAAAACAUUUCCUUUCAUAUUACUGGGGAACAAGAUUGAUAUAGAUGGUGGAAAUAGCCGAGUGGUUUCUGAGAAGAAAGCAAAGGAGUGGUGUGCUUCAAAAGGGAUACCUUACUUUGAGACAUCAGCAAAAGAGGAUAUAAAUGUUGAUGCUGCAUUCUUGUCUAUUGCAAAAACUGCUUUGGCCAAUGAGCACGAGCAGGAUAUAUACUUCCAGGGCAUUCCGGAGGCAGUUUCAGAGACGGAGCAAAGAGGUGGUUGUGCAUGCUAAGGCGGAUGAAGCAUUUGAUCGAGUGCUAUAUUUAAUCCGCUUGUUGCCUGAUAUUCCUGCGACAGUAUCAUUACUCUCAGGCCAUAGCCAUUCUUUUGUACCCACUGUAUACUACUAUUUGGUUUCUUCAGUGUUGUUUUGGAAAGAGAAACAUCUUUUGUUAUAUCCAGAUACUGGGUCUGGAGGUAGAGGAACUCAGGAGGAUUCGUCUCUUAGUAUUGCAGUUGGCUCUGAGAAAGAUUGUACUUGUGCAUCUUUUUUUCCUCGGUGGUUGGAUUUUAUUGUAUAAUCUGAAAGCUGUAUUUUUCUAUAUCUAUUUUUUAAUAAUGAGUUGGAUUGGUAA